AUAAUUUAUAGCUAGUUAAAUGGCAUUAACGUUUACUGGAUCUCAAGGUAAAUUAGAUUUUAAAUCGUAAGUAAGCGACCUCUAUCCAUAGUGUAGUACCCGUCGCCACGCGUCCCAGAAUACUUUGCGAGGCCGUUGACAACACGUCAAAAAUGGCAGAUCUAGCCCCAAGUAAAAGUGAUAUCGAAGACAUUUUCAAAAGAUUACGAGCUAUUCCAACAAACAAGGCAUGUUUCGAUUGCAAUGCAAAAAAUCCAGCAUGGGCCAGCGUGACUUAUGGCGUCUUCCUAUGUAUCGAUUGCUCUGCAGUGCAUCGAGGAUUAGGAGUUCAUUUGACGUUUGUACGAUCAACUCAACUUGAUACAAACUGGACUUGGCUACAAUUAAGGAACAUGCAACUAGGUGGAAAUGCAAAUGCUAGAAAAUACUUUGCACAACACAAUUAUACAACCGAUGCACAACAAAAAUAUAAUUCGCGUACUGCCAUGCAGUACAGAGAAAAACUCGCGCAGGCAUCUGCUCAAGCAAUGCGACGUUAUGGAACAAAGGUUUUUCUUCCUUCGACAAAAAAUAAGAAAAUGUUGCAUUUAGAUGAGAAUUCUGCAUCAAUGUCCGAGGAACAAAGUGAAAUCGACUUCUUUAAGGAACAUGAAAACUUUGAAUUAGAUCAUACCGAAUCUAUAACAAAUAUUGAAGGAAAUUCAAUUACAACUGCCAAUCUUGUACCAAACAAUGACAAUUUUGAAAAAAACAAUCAAAAAGUUAUAUCAGAAGUCACUUCUCAAUUUUUGGGACCUACUGUUAAAUUAUCUGAUACCACUGUAAAUUCAUUAUCUGAAAGGAAACCUACCAUAGGAGGCAGGAAAGUUCAAAACAAACGAUCUGGUUUAGGGAAAAAAACUGGAGGUUUAGGCGCACAAAGGGUUAAAACAAAUUUUGAAGAGUUGGAAAAAAAUGUUGCUGAAACUGGUAAAGAGUCGCAGGAGAUGGUUCGCCAGGAAAACACAAAAGAGGAACAGGAAGAAAUUGCUACCCGUCUUGCCUAUAGAUACGAGCAGAAUUUAAGUGAACAAGCUAAAAAAGUAGAAGAGAGAACAAAACACUUAGAUCCAUCCAAAGCAACACAAGCAGAGCGCCUUGGUAUGGGAUUCAAUACACGAAGUGGUGCAAGCCAUUCUGCACUUGGCGAUAUGCGGUCAAUAACGCAAGAAACAUCAUCAAAGACUAUAACUGCAUCUGAACCGAGAAUUUUUGAUGUCGAACGAGGUCUUUCCAUUACAUUAGACGAAUUUUAUGAGGCCUUAUCAAUUCCAUUCAAUAGUAAUAGCAACGAUAAGCCUCGCAGUGAGGAUGUUUUUGUUAUGUCAGAGCCAGAACCGCCGAAACGAGUAGCUCCGUCGAGCCGUCCAAACAGUACCAAGAGCGACAGUAAAAUAAUAACUGCAGAAGGAGAAGCACAAAAGAAAUUUGGUAGUGCCAAGGCUAUUAGUUCAGAUCAGUAUUUUCAAGACAGCAAAGAUGAUGAUUCUUGGGAACGUAAAAGCAAUCUGCGUCGUUUCGAAGGUUCAUCCAGUAUUUCGUCAGCUGACUACUUUGGCACAGGAAAUUCUACACAAUCUUCCACGUCGUCUUUGUCAAUGCGUCUUAGUAGUGGAGGAGCAGGGGUUGUAGAUUUAGAGGAUGUUAGAGAAAGUGUUCGUCAAGGCGUAAAUAAGGUCGCAGGAAGAUUAAGUUCUCUUGCUAAUGCGGCCGUUACAUCUCUACAGGAUCGUUGUGGACUUUGA